UCAAUUAAACUCGCCCGUCUUCAUCUGUUGACAUUGAAGCGAUUAGAGUGGGUCAAUCUACAAGUGAUUGAGGCUUAUGGUCAUUUCUUGAACGACAAAGCACUUGCCGGUGACAAGAACAGAGUUAUCUUUCCGUUCACUUUUGGUCAUCUUGCCUUACUUAAUCCUCAGACGAAUGUGCCCCCGUCCAAGGAGAGACUCGAUGGGGUCAUUAAACUGACCGAGCGG